AUGGAAUUUAGAGAAAAUGGGUUUUAUCCUCUCUAUCCCAAAACCAUUAUCUUCAUUUAACUUUCUGCUUACAAAGUUACAAUCUUCCCAGUCCAAAGAUCAUAAUAUGUAUAUUUCUUUUGUUUUGUAUUAAAGGGUCUUUAAAUUCUGGGUUAGUUUUAGUAUUUCAUGUUUUCUUGUUCAUUAAUUUUUAAACUUUUUUAUGAAGAGAUAUAAUGUCCUUCUUGGUUGUUAGUAAGCAGUUUUGUUGUCUGUAUAGUGCCAUUGUUUUAUUGUUAUCAGUGAUUUGAGAAGCCAAAAGAUGCAGGCUUUUGUACAUGUUAUUCUUAAUGAGCACUUCAAUGGUUUUAUGCCAAAGUUUAUUCUUUACUGACCAAAAUCCAUAUAGGAAUUCUAGUUCUAGUUCUAGUUCUACUUGCUCCAAUUUUGUAAUAUUGAGUAGUAGGAGGAAGAGACUUUGUGAGUUGGUUCCAAAUGCAAAGAAGAAGGGGAAGAAGGAGGAAAGAAGUUGGUGGCAAAGGUUAUUUUUUGAUGGUGAUGGCAAUUGGCUUGGUUUAGAAGAUGAUGAUAUGGUUGAGUUUGCGAGUGAGUUAUCAGAGAGUGGUUUGGACGAUGAAAUGUUGUCUGAAGAGGAGAAAUUUGAGGCAUGGAAGAGUAGAGCUGAGGCCAUUGUGGAGUUGAGGGAAGCACAAGAUGAUAUGUUGAAUGAGGAGAGUAGGAGGUGGGAGGAUUGGAUUGUGGAUGAUUCUCAUAAUCAUGAUGUGAAUGGUUCUUGGUGGAGUCCAGAUUUGGGUGGUGGUGGUGGUGGUGGAAAUGGUGCAGUUGGUGGCUCAGCCGACGAUGUGGGGCCGGAUUCUAGUGACUUGGUUCCACAGAAAGGGUUUGUUGAGUCUGUGAGAGAUUUGGUUCUUGGUAAGGAAGAAGAUGAUUUGCUUUACGAAGAUCGGGUCUUCCAAUAUGCCUCCUUGAAUUCGGCUAAAUUUCUCGCAGUAUUGAUUUUGAUUCCUUGGGCACUGGAUUUUGCUGUUCAUGACUAUGUUCUCAUGCCCUUUCUGGACAGGUAUGUGAAGACUGUACCACUUGCAGCGCAACUGCUUGAUGUGAGAAGAAAUCAGAAGCUUGAAAUGGUUAAGGAACUAAAAGUAGAAGAAGCUAGGUUGCGGUUUGAAGUAGAGAUUGGUAAAUCUCCACCUCUUUCGGAUGACGAGGCCUGGUGGGAGCUACGGCAUAAAGCGUUAGAGCUACGAGAUGAGCGGAGAUUAGAAAACCGCAGAGCGUUUGCAAACAUUUGGUCAGAUAUGACAUUUGGGAUCUCAUUGUUCGUCAUUUUAUACUUCAAUCAGAAUAAAGUAGCUUUGCUGAAAUUUACCGGAUACAAGAUAGUAAAUAAUAUUUCAGACACUGGGAAGGCCUUCCUAAUUAUAUUGAUUACAGACAUUUUUUUAGGGUAUCAUUCUGAAUCUGGGUGGCAAACCCUAAUGGAGGUAAUUGUCGAACACUAUGGGCUUCAAGUUGAUCAGGCUGCAAUUACUAUUUUCGUCUGCCUGAUUCCAGUUAUUAUUGAUGCAUGCGUGAAGCUUUGGCUAUUUAAAUUCCUACCAAGAUUAUCUCCGACGGUGACAAAUAUAUUUAAUGAAAUGAAGCGUCACUAACGGGUUUGUGUUGCUUGUUGUUUUUGCCAUUGGAGAUAUAUACACAUAUACACAUUUAUAUUACAUUUCAACUCUACAUUUCCACAAUUUUUUUGCCCCCUUGUAUAGAGGCAUGCAUUCUUAUUUUUGUAAGCAUCAAAGACAAGAUGACUGAAGGGGAUGUCAUAAGAAGCUAUUAAUAUUUAUGUUGUACCGAAUAACUUUAAUUCAUCGAUGAUUCAGUGUCAAUAUUAA